UUAUAACUCCUAUUCAUUCAUUCAUCCUCCAACCGCUUCAUCCUCUUGAGGGUCGCGGGGGGGGCUGGAACCUAUCCCAGCUGACAUCGGGCGAGAGGCAGGGUACACCCUGGACAGGUCGCCAGACUAUCGCAGGGCUGACACAUAGAGACAAACAACCAUUCACGCUCACAUUCACACCUACGGACAAUUUAGAGUUAUCAAUUAACCUAGUCCCCAAUCUGCAUGUCUUUGGACUGUGGGAGGAAGCCGGAGUACCCGGAGAGAACCCACACUGACACGGGGAGAACAUGCAAACUCCGCACAGAAGGGCUCCCACGCCCGGGAUCGAACCGGCAACCCUCUUGCGUGGGGCGAGAGUGCUAACCACCACACCACCGUGCCGCCCCUAGUUAGCCUUUAUGUUCAAGUAUUUUAACGGCAGCCUACAGGCUAUAGUUUUUCCCCCAGUUUUCAUCUAGCUAAUUCUAAACAACUACAACAUUACGUUUGCCAAAGUUGCCUCAACUAUUGUAACGUUAGCUGCCAUGACAUGGUGCUGGUGUUCUUUGCUUUACACAGCUGUAGCUAGAUGGACACCCGUUUCAAAAAAAGGGCGCAUAGUGGGGUGACGAAGGCUGAGUAAGCUGAGGAAGCCCUGCCACAAGUCGGGGAGGAGGCGAACGAGGACGAGACACAAGAUGUGGAAGAGGUCCCUAUUCCACCAAAGAAAAAGAAGUUAGUCAAAUAUUCCCCGAAGAAACUAAUGUCUCCAACAGGGGCGUUGCAGUUGGCCAAACUUAAAGAACAAGCCAAGAUGGAUCGACAGAAGACUGAACACCUUGAGGACCGCAUUAAAUACCUGGAGGAGGCCAACAGGGAUCUGAAAAAUGACAAGGACUUCCUACUUUCCCAAAUGAAGGGCCCCCCAGCAUGCAUGCAUCUACUGGGAAAGGCUCUGGAAAGACUUCUUCAUCUUUAAGUUUGAUGUCUCCCAGUUCCUCCUCAGACUCCAGCUUCUCAUCAUCCUCAGAAGAAGAGGAGAAGAAGAAAAAGAAAAAGAAGAAGACCAAGAAGUCCAAGAAACAGCCUGAUUCUCAUGGACGUUCAAGAAUGACCACAACGGAUGGAGUUAUCCGCCGCUACAAGAAUGCCCUCCGCAUAUUCAACAAGUCUGGAUCCAUGAAAAAGGCCUUUGCCAAACUUAAUGUUGACCGCAACACAAUUGCGAGAACAGCUGUAAUUGCUGAGCUAGCGAUCACAUUUCCAGACACCUUCAAGGACCUGCUCCCAGGAGAUGAGAAGAUGUCGGCAUUUGCAGAGCGGUGCAGGGGGGCUAUAACAGAGGAGAUGGCUGAAACCAUCACAGCAAAGAAAAAAAGAGGAAAACUCCUCCCAAUAAUGUAUAAAUACACUUAAGACUGUUCAUUGAACUUGUUUAUGUGAAACAAGUUAUUCUGUUUAUACAUACAAAGUAUAUGUUGGAACCCUCUGUUUGAGGAGAAAUAAUACGAAUAAUGCAACAGUAAUGCAACAAUAAUGUUUUUUUUAUGUUUUGUGUUGAAAUACAUGAAGGAAAAAUCUCUUGACUUGUCUGUUGCUUUUGUUAAGGUAUUUAAAUCAUUUGACAGUGUAAUUACACUUAAUGACGUCUUAAUGAAAGGUUCAAAUUGUUCCACUUUACUUGAAUUCAUAGAAAACAGUCAUGACACUGUUAUAACCUGAUUUAACUAUGUAAUUACACUUAAUGACAUCUUAAUGAAAGGUUCAAAUUGUUCCACUUUACUUGAAUUCAUAGAAAACAGUCAUGACACUUUUAUAACCUGAUUUAACUAUGUAAUUACACUUAAUGACAUCUUAAUGAAAGGUUCAAAUUGUUCCACUUUACUUAAAUUCAUAGAAAACAGUCAUGACACUGUUAUGAACCGAUUUAACUAUGUAAUUACACUUAAUGACAGGUUCAAAUUGUAUAUGACAGUUAUAAAAUCAUUUGGCAGUGUAGUUACACUUAAUAACAUCAUAAUGAAAAGCACAAUGUUUAGGACACAAUCAUAAUGGUCUUGUGACAGGUAAUGUCAAAAUGAACCACAUAUGACAGUUUAAUGUCAUGUUAAGAUAUAAAGCUAAAUAGUUUUUUAAAGUUUGACAGUGAGGUCUACUAUGUCAUGUUUAUGACAGGGUAUGUUGUCUUGGCUUAUGUCAAGUUGUCAUAACAAAGACAUCUCAAACAAUGUCAACUUUAAAUCAAAGGUGACAUAAUUUACCGAAUGACACUU